UUUGUUUUUAUGUUAUCUGUGGAGGUUGUCCGUAGAAAAAAAAUGUAAAUAAAUUCGUGACACGUGAGUUUUAAGUUACAAAGUAAAUGGAAUUUUUAAAUCUGGAAGUUAUAGUAGGCACAUACGAACAGUUCGUAUUGGGGUAUCAGGUUUCAAGUGCUGAUGAUGGAUGCAGGCUGGAUCAGGUUUUUGCCAUCCACUCGCACAAUGCGAGUGUACGCAGCCUGGCGACCGCGGGCAAGUACGCUGCGUCGGGGGGAGCAGACGAAGUGAUCCAGCUGUACGACAUGACGCGCAAGAAGUGCGCGGGGGCCCUGACGCAGCACGACGGCACGGUCACCGCGCUGGCGUUCACCCCCACCGGCUCCCACCUGCUGAGCGGCAGCGAGGACGGGAGCGUGGCCGUGUGCCGCGCGGGCAGCUGGCAGCUCGAGAAGUUCUGGAGGCAGGCGCACAAGGGGUCCGCUGCUGUUUCCCUAAGUUGUCACCCAACUGGAAAGUUGGCAUUGUCACUUGGUACAGAUGGCAUUCUGAGGACGUGGAACAUGGUGAAAGGACGGUUGGCUUAUGCCAAAAACCUUGGCAGUGCUAAUCGGAGAUUGGUGACGUGCGUAGUGUGGUCCUUGAAGGGCAACUGGUACGUGGUGGUUGUGGGUUCCAAGGCGAACGUGUACAGCAUUGCCACUGCAGAGAUAACAUACUCUAUAGAUUAUGGAAAAAAGAUAUCUUCUGUUUGCUUUGUGAAGAACAACGUGCUGUGCGUUGGCGAUGAUGCUGGAGCUAUACACACAGUCAACGUGGUCAAGAAGAAGAAGCUCGGUGAAACUGCCGCCCACGGCAGCCGAGUGAAGUGCAUGUCGGGUGGUUCCGUCAGCGGCCACGUCUACCUGGCCUCUGCCUCCAGCAGCGGCCAGAUAAAGUUGUGGAGCUACAAGAAGUGUGCACUGUCCAUGGUCUGCUCGGUGGAGUCGGGGUGUCGCAUCACCUGCCUCGUCACCUCCCACAUCAGCGUGGACGACAAGGACAGCCUGAAGGAAGCAAGCGGCAAGAAGGCGCGGUCGGAUCCCGUCGCCACGGACUCGGAGCCGACCGUGGUAGACGUGGAGGACGGCGACCUCGCGGGCCCCCGGGGGAAGCGGGAGCCUGGCGCGGGGCUCGUGAAGGUCAAGAGGAAAGGCCAGGCAGACAAAGUUACUGGGAAGAAAAACAAGCAGUCGAAGAAGCAGAACAUUGUUACUGAAGGUGAAGUGUUAACUGUCGCGGGACUUGCUAAAGUCAAGAGGAAAGGCCAGGCAGACAAAGGUACUGGGAGGAAACACAAGCGACCAAAGAAACUGAACAGUAAUAUUGAAGGUGAAGUGGUUAAUUGCACUCCUGGUCAGGCGUGGAGUGUUGAAGAUGUGUAGUACUCAAUGUCAGUUUGCAAGUAUGUGGAAAAAAAAAAACUAAAUACAAAUAUUUAGUGUACAUAUCAAUUUCUUUUGUUUCAUAAUUUCUCCUCAUGCAAAUGUUUUCAAGUAAUGUAUAUAUACUUGUUAAUAGUAUGUAAUGUUUGCAUCUUCCCUAUUUUCAUCAGAUAUAAGUUUGAAAAUUCUUUUUAAUUUGUGCAAAAAAAUAUUUUAGUCAGAAUAAUAAUUUAGGUAUUUUUCUAUUUUAUUGUUACAUUGAAUUCAUAGAAAGUGUUGCGUUCACUACCAGGUGUGAGAAGUUUUUAGGUUAAAGGUUGACUUUCAAUGAUCCAUCGCGUCUGUCCGAAGCACGCAUAAAUAAUUGAAAUUACCUUGUUUUAUCAUCGCAUAAUCCUAGCACUUGCAUACUAAUUGCACUGUUAUUUUAGGGUGUCAAAAUUUGGAAGAAAAAAAAUUUCUUGUAUAAAAGUUGCAUGAUGCUUUUAGGACCGCUGUUAGAUUCCGAGUGCUUUGUGUAGGUAGUAAACAUGACCUUGCCAAAAAUAGCAGGACAAAGCACCGUGCAAUAGCAGUCAGUUUUCAAGUUGCUGUCAGGCAUUGUAGUAAUUAGUAUGUUGGGAAAAUACAGUAAUUACUAUUACAGUAAAACUCAUUUGAGAUGAACCCGUACAAUACAAUUCCCUGUACAAUAUGGUAAAUGUUUCGGUCCCACCGUUUUCUCUAUGAGAUUUGCGUUAUUUUAUCCCAAGUAAGAUGUUGCCCAUAAACUUCUUUUCCCAUGUAAACCUAUGUAUUUUAAAGUUGAAAUCCUUUAUUUGUUAGGAUAUUACUUGUUAUUUAAUUAACAGAAAUACAAAGUUGUCUAAUAUGUAAAUUUUCUUAUAAAUUUGCAAACGUUACAACCUUUAUCUUUUCAUUGCUGUUGUGGAGCACGUUUAGAAAUGUAGCCAGUGCUAGUUGGCAUCAUUCAAUUUUGGUUACGUUGAUUUCUGUAUGAGUGCGUGCAAGUAGUAGAAUAUCAAUAUCUAUAGUGUACCGAUUGCAUGCAACGAGCAUGCUCUAUCUUGUCCGGAGUGAACUACAUUUGAUGCCCACUCUCUUUGUAUAGUGUAUUCUACGACAAUAGGUAUGGGUACACUAUGUUGAUUCCUGCUCAUGUUUGAGUCACAGUUUUUGUUUUUUUAAUUUGAACGAAAUGUGUUUGUUCAUUAAGUAAUUAAUUUAAAUUGUUUGGCAUGCUUUAAAUUGUUUGCUCUGCUUUAUAAUUAAACAUACUGUCUAU